ACUCAGAGAUCAACCCUUAUCUCUCAUCAGACAAUGCACACGGGAGAGCGAGCCUACGAAUGCUGCGAGUGUGGGAAAAGCUUCUCUCGGAGCUCAAACCUUACUAUACAUCAGCGGAUCCACACAGGAGAGAGAUCCUAUGAAUGCCAUGAGUGCGGGAAACGUUUCACUCACUUCUCCUCCCUUACCUCUCAUUAGACAAUGCACGCAGGAGAGCGACCCUAUGAAUGUUGUGAGUGUGGGAAAAGCUUCUCUCGGAGCUCAAACCUUACUAUGCAUCAGAGGAUCCACACAGGAGAGAGACCCUAUGAAUGCAGUGAGUGCGGGAAACGUUUCACUCACCUCUCCUCCCUUAUCUCUCACCAGAGAGUCCACACGGGAGAGAGACCCUAUGAAUGCAGUGAGUGUGGGAAAAGCUUCUUUCGGAGCUCAACCCUUAUUACGCAUUACAGAAUCCACACCGGGCCGAGACCCUAUGAAUGCUGUGAGUGUGGGAAAAGCUUCGCUCAUAGUUCAGGCCUUUCUAAACAUCAGAGAAUCCGUAAAGGAGAUAAACUUCAUAAAAACCUUCUCUAGAGCUGUCAGAAGAUUUUUUUCUUUAAUUCUUUUGACAGUUCCCAGAUAGUGAGUGUUAAGGCUGUUUGCAUCUUUUGCACA